ACUCACUCCCUUUUCAUCUCUGUGUGUACAAAAUAAAUAAUUCCCGAGAUCCAGAUAAACUGUAAAACCACCAUUUUGGUUUCUCCCAUGGCGUACUCGUUGAUCCCGGAGGAGGUCCUGGAGCACGUGUUCUCGUUCCUGAGCUCCGACAGGGAUCGAAACAGCGUUUCAUCGGUGUGCAAGUCGUGGUACGAGAUCGAGCGGUGGUGUCGGCGCCGUAUAUUCAUCGGAAACUGCUACUCGGUAUCGGCGGAAAUGGUGACCCGGCGGUUUCCGGAGGUGAGAGAGGUGGAGAUAAAGGGGAAGCCGCAUUUUGCGGAUUUCAACCUGGUGCCGGAAGGGUGGGGUGGGUAUGUGAAGCCUUGGAUUAGGGUAAUGUCGGGAGCUUAUCCAUUGCUGGAGGAGAUGAAGCUGAAGAGGAUGGUGGUAACGGAUGAGUGUCUCGACCUCAUUUCCAGAUCUUUUAACAAUUUCAAAGUUUUGGUGCUCACUUCUUGCGAGGGCUUUACUACUCAUGGUCUCGCUUCUAUUGCUGCUAAUUGCAGGAAUCUGAGAGAACUAGAUUUGAGGGAGAGCGAAGUGGAAGACCUAAGUGGACACUGGCUAAGCCAUUUCCCUGACAAUUGCACUUCACUGGUUUCCCUUAACAUAUCUUGCUUAGGCUCGGAAGUGAGUUUCUCAGCCUUGGAGCGCCUAGUUACACGUUGCCCUAAUCUGCGGACUCUCCGUCUGAACCGCGCUGUACCACUCGAUAAGCUCCCCAAUCUACUCCAGCGGGCCCCACAGUUGGUUGAAUUAGGUACCGGUGCCUGUUCAGCCGAAAUCCGAUCCGAUAUAUUCUCAAACUUAACAGAGGCAUUUUUGGCCUGUAAGAAACUCAGAGCCUUGUCCGGCUUUUGGGAUGUUGUUCCAGCUUACCUCCCUGCCAUGUAUCCCGUUUGCUCUGGUAUCACUUCACUGAACUUGAGUUACGCCAUAGUUCAAAGCCCUGAUCUUGGCAAGCUUGUCAGCCAGUGUAUAAAUUUGCAGCGUCUAUGGGUUCUUGAUUACAUCGAAGAUACCGGUCUGGAAGCACUUUCCCUAUCUUGCAAGGACCUGCAAGAACUUCGGGUAUUUCCUUCAGACCCUUUUGGAGCAGAGCCAAACGUGUCCUUAACAGAAAAGGGUCUCGUCUCUGUCUCGGAAGGUUGUCCUAAACUCCAGUCUGUUCUAUACUUCUGCCACCAGAUGUCAAAUGCUGCAUUGAUUACCAUUGCAAAGAAUCGUCCGAAUUUAAUCCGAUUCAGAUUAUGUAUAAUCGAGCCUCAUGCUCCAGAUUACUUGACACUAGGACCGCUCGAUACUGGCUUUGGAGCCAUUGUAGAGAACUGUAAAGAACUACGGCGACUUUCUCUCUCUGGCCUACUCACCGAUAGGGUUUUCGAAUAUAUCGGGACCCACGCCAAGAAAUUGGAGAUGCUUUCUAUAGCUUUCGCAGGGGACAGUGACUUGGGCUUACAUCACGUUUUGUCUGGGUGUGAGAGCUUGAGGAAGCUGGAGAUUAGGGACUGCCCGUUUGGGGACAAAGCUCUGUUGGCGAAUGCUGCAAAGCUGGAAACAAUGCGAUCCCUUUGGAUGUCAUCUUGCUCGGUCAGUUUUGGAGCUUGUAAAUUACUCGGGAAGAAGCUGCCCGGGCUUAACGUUGAGGUUAUAGACGAGAGAGGUCACCCUGGUUCGAGGCCUGAAAGCUGCCCUGUUGAGAAACUUUACAUUUAUCGAACAGUUGGUGGGCAGAGAGUUGACACGCCUGAUUUUGUUUGGACAAUGGAGAAAGAAGAAGAGGUUUUGUUGACUGAAUGAGAGAGUUCAUAUGCCAUCUAUUUUUUAAACUUGGCUGAGUGAGCUAUUCUUCUUUGUUAUUAUCAAGUGUAUUGGUUGGUGAUUUUGUUUUUACAUGUGCCGACUUAAUUACACGAUUGUUAAUUAGGCAGCUACCUGAUUUUAUUCACUAAAGAACCUUGCCAAUUGGUAAUAUGAUAUUUUGGGUCAUAUUAUAUGAUUAUAAUUUAUUCGCAUCCAA